CCCAAGAGAUGCUCUAUAUUCUGCUAUUGUUCCCUUAAAGCGGCAUGGGAAUGAAUAAUUUAUUCACCCCAAUCACGUGAUCUUUCCGAGUUGUAGUUAACAUAUCUCCCCAAGAAUUGGAUUGACAAUGAUCACCCGAAUGGAUCACUUAUAAACAACUCGUAGCUUUAAUUACGUAAUAAAAUAUAAAAAACAUCGUUUGAACAAGAUACAAUUAUUUUGGACUUUGUGGAUGUUAUUUUUAUACAGUGACUGAAAAUGAGCAAGCAAAUAGUAGGAAGAGAACGUGAGAGAAUUCCACUGGGUCAGAAUUCGAACUAUCAAAAUGUUGAGAAUAAUAAUUGCAAUUCGCCCCCCAGUGCUCAGGAACUGAGUGAAAUGAUCGCCAGGAAUAAAUAUAUUGAAGCAGCAAUACCAAAGUGUGCAGGUUGUGGGGACCCUAUCCUGGACAGGUUUAUCCUAAAGGUGUUGGACAGGAACUGGCACUCGAAAUGUUUACAAUGCAGCGAUUGCUCGGCACCCCUCAGUGACAAAUGCUUCUCGAAGGGCGACAGUGUUUUCUGCAAGGAAGAUUUUUUCAGACGUUUUGGUACUAAAUGCGCAAGAUGUGACCAGGGUAUCCCACCUACGCAAGUUGUUCGACGCGCACAAGACUAUGUCUAUCAUUUGAAUUGUUUUGCCUGUGAACUAUGUAAGCAUGAACUGAAUACUGGGGAUGAAUUUUACCUAAUGGAGGACCGGAAACUCGUCUGCAAAAACGAUUACGAGGCUGCAAAGGCACGAGGUGAAUUAGAAUUCGAUUUAGAUGCAGCAAACAAACGUCCACGGACAACUAUAACGGCGAAGCAGUUAGAAAACCUGAAACGAGCAUACAAUGAAAGCCCUAAACCUGCCCGGCAUGUACGCGAGCAACUAAGCGCAGAGACUGGGUUAGACAUGAGGGUAGUUCAAGUUUGGUUUCAAAAUCGCCGUGCCAAGGAAAAACGACUGAAGAAGGACGCGGGAAGAAACCGUUGGAAUCCAUAUUAUCGCCAAAUGAAAGGUGGAAAGGAUCUAGAUGAUUUGACAAGUGAGGACGGGACAAACGAUGAUUGUCAUGUCGAUUUGUCAUACCAAAACGAAUUAGACUGCAUGGAGUCUCCUCUCUCAGCAGAUAUGUACGGCUCUCAGCCGCUUGACUCUGAGCCUAGCAUGGGGUCUGUUCCUAUACCCUCGGGGGCACCACACCCUGAUGGUACUUGGUUACCCGGACACUACCCAGGCAUGCCAGCUAAUAUGAACAUACCCUACGGCAGGAGAAGUCCUAAUAUUCCAAUGUCAAUGCCACAAAUGAUCCAUUCUGAUGGAAUGCCUAUGAUGCUAGUGAAUAACGGACCAAUGUCUCUUAGGGAGCAUAAUGAAAACGAUUACACCCCGGAUUAUCCACCCGGAUCCACGAACGACCACAUAGAAGCCUAUUAGGCUUAAUGUAUAUUUAUUUAUUUAUUUAAGUAUUUAUUAUUUAUUUAUCAUUAUUUCCAAAGAGAUUAUAUUUAAUUUUAACAUGUAAUAAUGUUAGAACAUGUUGUUUAGCUAUGUUUGUAAUAAUUACCAACAGGCUUAUAAGAUAUGUGAGUCGUAGAUUCUCCCAUAUUGUCAGAAUAAUAUAUUUAGUAUAUGUUAUUUAUUUACUAUUAUUUGAGUAUAAAAUGCAUUCUUUUUUGAUUGAUUUGACCUUACCAAUCAAAACAUAUUUACAUGUAUUCCAACAAUCUGCAAUAUAUAUAUUGUGUCUAAUUCUAGUCAAUGCAAAAUUGUAAAUGCGCAUUUUAGAAAUAAAGAAAGUACAUGUAUUUAUUAUUGUGCGUAUUUAUAUUGAAAUAUAUUAGUUUUUAAGAGGUAAUUUCUUAUUACCUGUAUAGGUACAUAUUUUUGAGUAAAAAAGGUGAAGUUAUAGAAUAUAGUAAGUUAUCCAAGUAUUUUGUACUGAUCGAAAGGAUAGUCCAACAAAUGUGGGCAUCCCUAGUUGUAUAUCAUAUGGCAAUUUAAGUGUCCGUUUCUAAUUCAUAUUUCAUUGAUAACAAAAAUAUUUUAAAUGAUGAAUCUCCAGUGUAGAGACAUAGGUGUCGCUCUUACCGAAUGUAUGUCCUCUUUAACAUUGGUUUAUUUAGUGAUCUUAAUUAAAGAUAUUUCUCUUUAUACAGUUAUGCUCAAGCAGGGCCAGUAAGGGUCUUAAAGAAACACCGAAAGAAAGGGGAAAUAAUCCAUGGGGGACCAUAUUUCUGUUGGGCCUUAAAGGACUAUGUAGCGUCUUCUAUGUUAAUUAAUUCUGUUACAUAAUCUCCUGUAAUAGUUUCCCAUUAUAAACAUUUGUAUUUUCUGAAAGUAUGUAUGUAUAUUAUACAAAAAUAGAGAAAUAAAGAUAAAAGUGUGACAUGG